AUGGAGGUUGAACUCAAAGCAAUGCUCGAUGAUCUCAAUGUUCUCGAGAAAUCUCUCUCCGAUUCGGCUCCGAUCCACAAGCUGCGAUCACAUGUUGAAAAUUUAGUGGCUUUGUCUAAGUGUAACCCUCAACGGCGUUCCAAAGUCAAGGAAUUGAGUUCGGAAGUGGUAGAUAGUAAUCCUUACAGUAGGCUUAUGGCACUUCAGCGUAUGGGUAUUGUUGAGAACUAUGAGAGAAUUAGAGAGUUUUCAGUCGCCAUUGUUGGAAUUGGUGGUGUUGGAAGUGUUGCUGCUGAAAUGCUGACCAGAUGUGGUAUAGGUCGUCUUUUGUUGUAUGACUAUGACACUGUUGAACUUGCUAACAUGAACAGACUCUUUUUCCGACCUGAUCAGGUUGGUAUGACAAAGACUGAUGCUGCUGUUCAGACGCUUGCUGAAAUUAACCCUGACGUAGUACUUGAGAGUUUCACAAUGAACAUAACAACAGUGCAAGGCUUUGAAACCUUCACGUCGAGCUUGAAGAACAAGUCUUUUUGUCCCACCAAGGAGGGAAGUGGUGUGGAUCUUGUUUUGAGCUGUGUUGAUAAUUAUGAAGCAAGGAUGGCUGUCAACCAGGCAUGCAAUGAGUUAAGUCAGACUUGGAUGGAGUCAGGUGUUUCUGAAGAUGCCGUUUCAGGUCACAUACAGCUUUUGGUUCCCGGAGAAACUGCUUGUUUUGCUUGUGCACCUCCUUUGGUCGUGGCAUCUGGAAUUGAUGAACGGACACUUAAGCGAGAAGGGGUCUGUGCUGCAUCUCUGCCUACUACUAUGGGAGUCGUUGCGGGGCUUUUGGUUCAAAACUCUCUCAAGUUCUUACUAAACUUUGGUGAAGUUUCUCCAUACUUGGGUUACAAUUCACUGAAGGAUUUUUUCCCAACCAUGCAAAUGAGACCAAACCCACAAUGCUCGAAUGCAGCUUGUUUGGAACGGCAGAAAGAAUAUAUGCUUGCAAAACCAGCAAGAGACGCUGCUGCCAAAGCUAAGAUGGAAGCUGAUGCUGUUGUCGAUGAUGAAAACGAGAAGGAUACCACAAAAGCUUCCUCAAGUUCAGAUACAUUGCCAGAAGGGCUUACUAGGGAGCUUCCAGUGGCAGAUGAGUAUGAGAAGGCAAUAGCUAUAGGUUCUGGGGAGGCAGAGGAGGAGGAAGAGGACGACCUUGAAGAUCUGAAGAAACAGCUCGAAGCUCUUAAUGCUGCUUGA